UAAACCCGGCAGGCAGGAAGUGGCUCAGGUUCCUCGGCAGCAGGAUGAAGGGCUUCCUGUCCACCUUCCCCACCUGUGGCGUGUGUGGCAGCCUGCUCUGCCCCCCUCCCCCGCCGCCCCCCGCCCCCCCGGCCAAGAGGGAGGACCGCUUCGUGACCCCGCACAUGCUGACCUACCUGGAGCUGUGCAAGGCCCGGGUGGGGGCCGGCACCAGGGAGCGCGGCGUGCAGGUCAGCGCCAAAGUGGACCGGAUGGUGCAGUGCUCGCUGGGACCCAUGACCCUGCGGGGGGAGGGGGAGGGGCCGCCACCGCCAGCGCAGGUGAGCGGCCUACGCUUCACCAGGCCCGUGUCCACCAGCUCCCUGCUGUUGGAGCGCAGGUUCCCCGCUAAGAGCAGCAAGCAGGAGGCGGGGCAUGAGGACCAGGGUGAGGACCAGGGUGAGGACCAGGAGGAAUGUGGUGAAGAGGCCCACAUUCAACCCUGCAGAGGCUCCAACUUCCAGGUAACUUCCAGUUCCUGCAGCAGAGGUAUGGCUUCUUCCACUGCAAGACCUGCAACAUCCGCUGGGAGAGUGCUUACGUGUGGUGCAUCUCAGGAACCAAUAAGGUGUACUACAAGCAGCUGUGCCGGAAGUGUCAGGUGGGCUUCCACCCCUACAGAGUGGAGUCCAUCAUCUGCAAGGGCUGUGGUCAGACGUGCUGCAGCUGUGAGAAGAAGCAGAGACACAUCAACAUGAAGAGACCUCACCGCCAGGACCUCUGCUGCCGCUGCAGGGGCAUGAGGGUCUCCUGCGACAUGACCUACACCUUCAACUACCUCCUCUGACCUGCACCUUCAAGGACCUCCUCUGACCUGCACCUCCUCUGAACCUGAGGACGCACCACUGUUGAACUUUUGUCUAAAUAAACGUCACUGCAUCUUA